AUGCGCAGGCACACGUGGUUCCCUCUGCAGUACAUCUCCAAGCCCUUCUGGAGAGCAGAGAAUCACACCGGCACCAGCUUCCUCUCCACACGGUACAGCUUCCCAAAUCAGUCCUUCUUCCACAGUGAUUUGGACCUGGAGGACUUGGGAGACUUUGACAAUGGGACGAAAUAUGAGGGCGAAUCCCAGAGCAGGACGGUGCAGGCGCUGCUGAUCAUAGCUUACUCAGUGAUCAUCUGCAUCUCACUCUUUGGAAACACCCUGGUGUGCCAUGUGGUGAUCAAGAACAAGAGGAUGCACUCUGCCACCAGCCUCUUCAUCAUCAACCUGGCCGUGGCCGAUGUGAUGAUCACUGUCCUCAACACCCCCUUCACGCUGGUGCGGUUUGUAAGCAGCACGUGGGUCUUUGGAAAGCUGAUGUGUCACAUCAGCCGGUUUGUGCAGUACUGUUCUGUCCAUGUGUCUGUACUGACCCUCGCUGCCAUCGCUCUGGAUCGUCACCAGGUUAUCAUGCACCCUCUCAAGCCGCGCAUGUCCAUGGUGAAAGGAGGGAUUUGCAUCAUUAUCAUCUGGGUUAUGGCCAGCUGCUUCUCACUGCCUCAUGCCAUCUAUCAGACCUUGACAAGGUUUUACAUCGGGAACAGAACAAUACGAACGGUUUGCCUCCCCAGCUUCCCUCCUCCUGCUGACCUUUUCUGGAAGUAUUUGGACUUGACUACAUUUGUUCUCCUGUAUGUUCUGCCCUUGCUUGUGAUCUCCAUUACCUAUACCAUCGUGGCUAAGAAGCUCUGGCUGAGAAAUGCCAUUGGGGACAUCACUAUGGAGCAGUACUACGCCCAUCAGAGGAAGAAGAAGAUGACGCUGAAGAUGCUGAUGGUGGUGGUGAUUGUGUUUGCAGUCUGCUGGUUUCCCCUGAACUGCUACGUGGUGCUGAUCUCCUGCAGGGCCAUCCACAGCAGCAAUGCUCUGUACUUUGCUUUCCACUGGUUUGCCAUGAGCAGCACUUGCUACAAUCCCUUCAUUUACUGUUGGCUGAACGAGAAUUUCAGGUCUGAGCUGAAGUCCCUGCUGUGUGCAUGCCAGCGGAGGAGCGCAGCACAGAGCCAUGCCCUGCAGUCCAUCUCCCCUCCAUUCAGGCCCGCUUGGCUCGAGAGCUGCCGGUACAAGAGAGGCAGCACCUGCCAGAAAACGGCAUCAUCCCAAAGGAAUUCUGCCAAGACAGACAUAUCCAGCGUUCGGCCAAUUGUGGCAGAGCACUGACCCCUGUCUGGAGGAAGGGCAGCAUGCAGUCUGUCCCACUUUGGGAAACUGAGCUGCCGGUCAGCAGUGAUAACGGUGUGGCAGCCGCUCAGCAGGAUGCUGCACUUUGGGUAAAGCCUGCACUGUAACACUAGGAUAAACAGUUUUUAAAAUCUGAAGCUGGAAAAGUUGGCACAGGGUUUGUUUGUAAAGCUUCAUGCCCUCCCCUAGAUAAUAACAUACCUUCUAUGUAACCUGGCUUAGAAUCCUCACAAGCAGGAGCCUCACCAACCUCAGGCAGUGCUGUGCUCAGGGCUGUGGCUCUGUGCCUGGUAUGGACCCCAGGCCUUCAUGUUGAGAAACAGAGGGAUGCACAGAGAGCUGUGUGUAAACACGAGGGGAGGAGGGAGGUGUUCACCUCUGGAGGGUGAUUCUCAUUUUAACUGUGAAAAAAAGACAUCUGUGGGCUCACUGCAGAGGCUGCCAGCUUCCUCUCCUGCGUGCUGCUGUCAAGCUGGUAACCUGAAUUCAGGCUCAGUUUUGGAUUGCUGCUAUGGUUAAGUGAUCCAGAACUAAUUGUGCAGGAGAUGAGUUUGCUUCUGGAGUAAAGAUUAGCUGAUUGUGUAACUAUUAAGCUAAAGCUAACAGUGCCCUUCCUUCACUGCAGAUUUUGUUCAUUUUUUGAAUUUUUGGUCACUGACUCAGACCUGAGAAUUGUUCCCUGAUCUUAUCCUACUUCUACAGCAAGGCCGAUCUGUCACAAAGCCAUUAUUUGCACAGAUGUCAGUGUCUGGUAAGGUGAGGAUGAACCCAAUGCUUUACGUGACAGAAUGAGAACCCAUUAUUUUCUUUCUGAGAAAAAGAUGAUUUGGCUUUAUGGAAUGGAGAAUCAUCCUCCACAGUGUGUGCUGACUCUUAAACUGCCCCUUUUUCAUUUUUAAUAUUCUCUUGUUGAAAAGUGGCCCAGGGGUAAACGGGUUUUCUACUGACAUCCAUGUCACAGAAAUCUGGUGUAAAGCUGCCCCAUGGGUGGCCUAAAAUCCCACAGGUUGUGCACUGACAGCUCUGUGUGCCACCACAAAUGGGGAUGGACAAGGGUCUCAUCAGAGAUGGAGACUGAAGGGUAGGAGAUGGGACUGGGGGACCUCUGAUGUGCUGGGAAGCUCUGCUUCUCUGUAAGAUCAGCACUGCCAGCAAUGCUCAGUUAUUUUACCUUAUAACUGCGCUCCACUCUUUCAGCUCGUGCCUCCGUCCAUUUGCUAAAAUCCUGAAACCUCUGUGGUUUUAUUUGAUUUAUCCUAGAACAUUUUGAUGAGGUAUAGAGCAGAUGUUUCAAGGGAGAAAAACUGUUUGCCCAGUGUGUGU